AGGGGACUUGCUAACGUCCUCCCUUUUCGAAGCUUCCCUGUACAACUCCAUUAAAAAAAAAAAAUAGAACUUAGUUUUCUCCAUCACUCCCCCUUCUCGUUUUCUGCACCAUGGCCGACGCAUCUGCAAAGCCGCCUACUGAUGCUGUCACGACGCCACCUAUUAGUACUGAUCCAGUAAGCACGUCGCUACCUACUAGUACUGAUCCAGUAGCAGAAGAUGAGAGGAAACUCAAAUAUCUGGAUUUCGUUCAAGUUGCAGCGAUCUAUGUGAUUGUUUGCUUCUCAACUUUGUAUGAAUACGGCAAAGCAAACUCCGGCCCGUUGAAACCUGGUGUCCAGGCCGUAGAAGCCACUGUUAAAACCGUUAUCGGACCGGUUUACGAGAAGUUUCACGACGUUCCUUUCGAUCUCCUCAAGUUCAUCGACCUAAAGGUGGCAGACUUGAUGACAGAAGUUGAAAGCCAUGUGCCUUCUCUACUAAAGCAGGCAUCAUCCAAAGCUCUGUUAAUAGCUCAGAAGGCUCCGGAAUUAGCUCGAGAUCUCGCCGGCGAGGUACAGCACGAUGGCUUAGUGGACACGGCGAGUAACGUAGCUAAAACACUCUACACAAAGUACGAACCCACAGCCAAGGAUCUAUAUGCAAAAUACGAGCCAGUAGCAGAGAAGACUGCCGUUUCGGCAUGGCGAUCUCUGAACAAGCUUCCUUUGUUCCCUCAAGUGGCUCAGAUUUUGGUGCCGACGGCUGCUUAUUGGAGCGAGAAAUACAAUCAAGCGGUGACAUAUGCGUCGGAGAGCGGCUAUGCAGCGGCGCAUUAUUUUCCGAUUAUUUCCGUCGAGAGGAUUGCGAAGGUGUUUGAAGGGGGCGCCACCGCGGAGAACGAGCAGUCCGUUUCCUUGAGUGGCGGUACUGUUGCUCCGGCGCAAUGACCAUUUUACCGCUCUUUACUUGGGUUGGCCCCGUUGGGCUUAAUGGGCCGCGGGGUUAAUAACUUUGAUUAUGUUUGUCGGUAGUAAUUGUUCAUCUUUAUAUCAUAAGCCAUUUGUCAAAUCCCUUAAUAUACUAGAUUUAAUAAUUAUUCUAAAUCACCAAAUUUAAAUUCGGGAACAAACCAUAUUAUAUCAAAUUUUAAUCAUAUACUCGAAACAAAAUACAAGAACAAAGAGUUUUAGGGUGUAUCAAGUAAACAUUACGGGGAUAGAUUUGGUUUUGUAGUUCCUUAUAAAUUUGUUUUUAAUUUUA